GCUCCCCGCCUUGCACAAUCAUGGCGCCGCGCGCGGAAUUCAGCACCGAGCAGGUCCGGGGCAAAGCGCGCAAGGACCUGCUCUACCUGCUCGAGGGUGUCCGCGGCAAGAAGAACCUCGUGUUUGACCGCAGCCUGGUCGGUCCCAUCGGCACCAUCGUCAAGGUUGCCACGCUGCAGGAGUACGGCGUCGAUAAGUUCUUCAUCCUCGAGAACAACAAUGUGGAUGCGAGCCAGCGCAAUGUCGUCUUUGUCGCCAGAGGAGAGUGCGGCCGGCAUGCGGAGGCCAUAGCAGCUCAGAUCAAACGAAUACAGCGGGAGAGUCAGACAACGCACGACUUUCACAUAUUCUGGGUGCCCCGGCGCACGCUCGUGUCCGACCAACUGCUCGAGGAAGCCGGCGUCCUCGGCGACAUUAACAUUUCGGAGCUGCCGCUGCUCUUCUUCCCACUCGAAGAUGACGUUCUAUCGCUCGAGCUGGAGGAUUCCUUCAAGGACCUCUACCUGUCCAAGGACAUCACCCCCAACUUCCUGAUGGCCAAGGCGCUCAUGGAGGUGCAGCAGAACCACGGCCUGUUUCCCAGAAUCAUCGGCAAGGGCGACAACGCGAAGCGGGUGGCGGACCUCCUCGUGCGCAUGCGCCAGGAACGGCUGGCUGGCGAUGACGGAAGCGAUGUCAAGACGGCGCUCACCCCCAGCACUACCAAUGAAAGCGUCAUUAUCAUUGACCGCGAGGUCGACUUCGUCACGCCGCUGCUGACACAGCUGACGUAUGAGGGCCUCAUUGAUGAGAUUUUUGAAAUUCAGAAUAACCAGGCCAAGGUUGACACGACCAUUGUGGGAGCUCCAGCACAGUCUUCCACAGCCACAUCGCAGAGUCGAAAGCGGACGGUCCAGCUCGACUCCAGCGACAAACUAUACGAGCAGCUGCGAAACGCCAACUUUGCCAUCGUCGGCGGGCUUCUCAAUAAGGUCGCCAGGCGCUUGCAAAAGGUUCAGUCCGAUUACGAGAGCAAGCACAAGACAAAAACGAUUGCCGAGCUCAAGGAAUUCGUGAGCCAGCUACCCGGCUACCAGCAAGAGCAUCAGAGCGCAAGGAUACACACGGGUCUCGCAGAGGAGAUUAUCAAACACACGCGGACGGAUCUGUUCAAGGGCCUUCUAGAGGUCCAGCAGAAUCUCGCUGCUGGUGCCGAUCCGUCGUCGCAAUUCGACGGCAUCGAAGAGCUGAUAGCCAGAGAGGCUCCCCUGCGAGAGACUCUUCGGCUACUCUGCAUAUACUCGUGCAUAUCCGGAGGGAUCAAGCCCAAGGACUUGGAGCAGUUCAAGCGACUUAUACUUCAAGGAUACGGCUACCAGCACCUCCUCACGCUCAACAACCUGGAGAAGUUGCAGCUGUUUUUAUCACGCUCGUCUCCGCUUGCGGGAAUGAUACCAAUGACAGCCAAUUCUGGCGCUGACGGGACCAAAACCAACUACGCAUAUCUACGGAAGCAGUUACGCCUGAUUGUCGACGAAGUGCAGGAGGACGAUCCCAACGACAUCGCAUACGUGUACAGCGGCUAUGCCCCUCUCUCCAUCCGACUUGUGCAAUGCAUUCUUCAAAAGCAGUACCUGCUGUCUAUAACCAAGGGCAAUGGCGCAGCAAAUGCUAGCAGCGUUGCCCCGGGGGCGGGAACACAAGGAUGGCACGGAUUCGAUGAGGCUGUCAAGCACGUUCGGGGGCAGACUUUCUAUGAGCUUCAGAAGGGCGAGGAUAAGGCCGUCAAGGCCAGGGCCCUGUUGUCCGGCAGCGGGCAGAAGCAGACAGUCUUUGUCGUCUUUGUCGGAGGUGUGACGUUCACGGAAAUUGCCGCGUUGAGAUUCAUCGCGAAGCAGGAAGAGAGUCGGAGAAAGAUUGUCAUCUGCACAACUUCUAUCAUCAGCGGAAACAGGAUGAUGGACGCGGCAAUCGAGAAAGAAGCGUUCGCGCGCAAGGAGCCGACUAAAAUACAAUCCGCGGCACCGCUGAAGUCGGUCUAUUACCACUUGAAGGCCUGUUCCGCAGCCCGAGAAUCAUUGAUCCCGGCUCGUCCCGCUGUUGCAUCGCAGCCCUAUGGCCUCUGUCCCGUUAGAUACGCUCCUGAGCCAGUGAACCCUCCAGACGACUUAUCGUGCCGCUUACAGACACAUUCCUGGGUUCAGGUAUUAUAUACGCCGCGAGUGAGAGCAAACCCGGUCCGCUUGGCUGACAACCCCGACAAGACAGGAGGUUCUCAUGGCAGAUUCCCCCAUCAUAUGAUGCGUCUGCCCAGCGUCAUGCUGUAUGGUUUGCCGAUUGGACCGACCUUCUCGCACCCCACGCAAGACACGGACUCUUCCUCUUCGAUAUCAAGCCUAGCGGCCGAGUCCGUCGCCAAGAGCCAGAGCCAGGUGACGGCGUCGCCCAAGAGUGUCUUGAGCUCUCGCCGGGUGUCUGGGCUGGGCUCGUCGGAUGAGUCGUCGGAGGUGGCGCCCGAGAUUGUUGUGUGGACGGAAGACAUGGAGUCGGAAGAUAUGGAUUUGAGCAGCGGCUUAUCGAACCAUGACACGGAAGAGUCUUCCAGCAUGCAUCUUGACACGGAUGAUGAGAAGCUCCAGCACGGCGACGAUAUCCCGCUGCCAGCCGAGCCUACAGAAGACGCCAUUGCUCAGUCGUUCACUUCGUCGCACUCCUCCUUGUCGGACCUUUCAGAGGUUCUAUCUUCACCUUCCAUUGUCUCUAGUAAAGCCACAACGCCUAUCGAGACUGAGAUACCUAGCCGCCCACAGAUCGGUGGGAUCACACAAACUUUUUCGGCCUCGUCAUCCUACCGCCAUGAUAUCGAACGGUUGACCUUCAAUGUUCGACCGAAGUCAUCUAUCCCGACAGACAUCCCGUCCUACCAAUAUGCCAGCGAGUGCAUCGCCGCGGCCGAAUCAUCACGGCUCAACCCGUACGCUCUGCAUCCCGAAGAGUAUCAAUUUCUACGCCACCAUAUAUCCCACUCUCAGGUUACGACAUACCUGAACAUCAGAAACGGCAUACUGCGCAUGUGGAUGAAGCAGCCGUCGGUCGGCGUAACGCGGCAAGAGGCGGUCGGAUGUGCCAAUGCUCGAUGGUUCGACGCCGCGAGCGUAUGCUACGACUGGCUCGUUCGUCGUGGCUAUAUAAACUAUGGCUGCGUACAGCUGCCUGAGCCCCAGCCCGACUUUAGGGGGAACGAGCCACCUACAAAGAAGCGAAAGACCAUUGCUGUCAUUGGAGCGGGCAUUUCAGGUCUGUCUUGCGCAAGGCAGCUAGAUGGUCUCUUUAAGCAGCACGCCAGCCAUUUCUACUCAAGAGGAGAGGAGCUGCCAAAAGUGGUCAUUCUCGAAGGUAGAGGCCGAGUUGGAGGCAGAGUAUAUUCCCGCGAGUUUAAGACAAGGCCUGCCACGAGUGAACCCGAGUUCAAGGGCAAGAGGUAUACGGCCGAAAUGGGCGGCAUGAUCAUCACGGGCUUUGAUCGCGGGAAUCCCCUGAAUGUCAUCGUUCGUGGACAACUGGGCAUACCCUACCACGCCCUUACAGCCGAGACCACAAUCUAUGACAGCAAUGGCAAACCAGUAGACCCAGUAAGGGAUCUCCUGGUUGAGAAGCUCUACAAUGACUGUCUAGAUCGCGUCAGCGAGUUCAAGUACAAGUACCAGCCCUCCAAGGUGAUUGAAGGCAACCGUGACCUGCUCGACGAGGGUCGGGAUAGCCUUGGAGAUGGUUCCAAGACCAUCAUACAAGCUGAGGAGGCCACCGCCGCGCUACCCGAUGCCCCUUCAGUGUCCCAGCAGAACGUACCCGAGACCGUGAACAUGGUUCCGGUCUCUGCAGACAAGCUGACGGGCCGGGUGCACACCGAGCCCGGGGUUCCUGGGACCAUCAAGGCAUCAGAAAAGGCAAAGCUGAUGGGCUGGAACAUCAAAGCCGGGGCGGCGGACAAGGCAAACCUCGAUUUGACCCAAGCCACCGCUUUGGAAGGGGCAACAUUGGGAUCUGUCUUGGACUACGCCAUUACCCAGUACAAGAAUAUCGUCGACCUGAACGCGCAAGAUCACCGGUUGAUCAACUGGCACAUUGCCAACCUAGAGUACAGCAACGCCACCAAUCUGCACAACCUGAGUCUCGGCCUCUGGGACAUUGAUGCAGGCAACGAAUGGGAGGGUCACCACACCAUGGUCGUCGGCGGGUACCAGAGCGUUGCCCGUGGCCUGCUCCAGUGUCCGUCGCCGCUCGAAGUGAAGACCAAGUUUGCCGUGCAGAAAAUCACCUAUCAUGGCGAAGGCUUCGACGGCCCCGCCAGCAUUGAAAGCGAAGAUGGCACGGUAGUAGAAGCAGAUGCUGUCGUCUGCACCAUACCUCUUGGCGUCCUCAAGCAAGGCACGAUUCAAUUUGAGCCGCCGUUGCCUUCCGAAAAGGCGGAGGCAGUUCGCCGAUUGGGCUUCGGCAUCCUCAACAAGGUGGUGCUGCUCUACGACAGGGUGUUUUGGGAUUCAGACAGGCACAUCUUCGGCGUGCUCAGGGAUGCGCCCAACCGGCAUAGCACAUCCCAGCAGGAUUACAGCACGAACCGCGGACGCUUCUUCCAGUGGUUCAACGUCACCAACACCACGGGUCUGCCCUGCCUCAUCGCACUGAUGGCCGGAGACGCUGGCUUUGAUACGGAGCAUACGAGCAAUGACAGCCUAGUCGCCGAAGCCACAGACAUCUUGAGGAGCGUCUUUGGCAAAGACGUUCCUUACCCCAUAGAAACGGUGGUUACCAGAUGGGGGUCCGAUCGGUUUGCCCGAGGCAGCUACUCUUCAGCCGCCCCCGACAUGCAGCCAGACGACUACAAUGUCAUGGCCCAGCCUGCAGGCAACCUAUUUUUCGCCGGAGAGCAUACCAUCGGCACGCACCCGGCGACCGUUCACGGCGCCUAUCUGUCGGGACUGCGGGCCGCCUCCGAGGUUCUGGAGUCAAUGAUCGGUCCGAUCGAGGUGCCGACGCCUCUUGUGCUCCCGAGGGACUCACUACUGCUGCGCAAACGUAAGGAGGCGGCCAAGGAUCCCCGACAGGCACGCUUGGAGGCAUACGAAAUCGAGGUCUGGGAGCAUGUCCUCUCGAAGAUUGGCGAGCGACCGCUCCGCCCAAACAAGGUGGCCGGCAGCGCCUACAUCCUCUUCAGCAAGGCUCACUUUGAGGCCGCCAAGAAGAGAUGCGAAGAGAGCCGCAAGCCCGGCAGGGGCCGGUCCAUACCCAACGAGGUCCGCAUCAUGACGUCCCGCAUGUGGAAAGAGGCGACGCCGGAACAAAAGAGGCCGUACGAAGAGCAGGUCGCCGAGCAGAAGAAGCGCUAUCUCGAAGCCAUGCAGGAGUACAAUGAGCUGGCGGAGAAGUGGGAUCGCCAGGCCAUGGCCCUGCGCGCCGCGUACGAAGAGGAGCAUCCCAGCGUGCCGGGCCCCGAGGAGGAGGGCGGCCCCGAGGAUGCGUCUUCGACGAUGGCGCAGAAGCGGAGGGCGAAGAAUGUAAGUUAUGCCGAGGGCGGAGAUACCGACGCGGAUGCAUGA